CUCAUCUUCACCAUGUCCUUCCUCUGCAGCUGGCUGCUCUUUGGCAUGGUCUGGUGGCUCAUCGCCUUCGCCCACGGAGACCUGGACCACAGCACCCGGCUGCAGCGUGACCCCGGAGAGGGGGCGGCGGGGUCCCCGGCCGGCUUCGUGGCCUGCGUGACCAGCAUCCACUCCUUCACCUCCGCCUUCCUCUUCUCCAUCGAGGUGCAGGUGACGAUCGGCUUUGGGGGACGCAUGGUGACGGAGGAGUGCCCGGCCGCCAUCCUGGUGCUGAUUGUGCAGAACAUCGUGGGGCUGGUGAUCAACGCCAUCAUGCUGGGCUGCAUCUUCAUGAAGACCUCGCAGGCCCACCGCCGAGCUGAGACCCUCAUCUUCAGCAAGCACGCGGUCAUCGCCCUGCGGGAGGGCAAACUCUGCUUCAUGCUGCGGGUGGGUGACCUCCGGAAGAGCAUGAUCAUCAGCGCCACCAUCCGCAUGCAGGUGGUGAAGAAGACCGCCAGCCUGGAGGGGGAGGUGGUACCCCUCAACCAGAUCGACAUCCAGAUGGAGAACCCCGUGGGGGGCAACAGCAUCUUCCUUGUCUCCCCACUCAUCAUCUACCAUGUGAUAGACAAGAACAGCCCCCUCUACGACAUCUCCCCCCUGAACCUUCACCACCAUGAGGACCUGGAGAUCAUCGUCAUCUUGGAAGGGGUGGUGGAGACCACGGGCAUCACCACUCAAGCCAGAACCUCCUACCUGGCGGAUGAAAUCCUCUGGGGCCAAAGGUUUGUGCCCAUCGUGGCAGAGGAAGAUGGGCGAUACUCUGUGGACUACUCUAAAUUUGGCAACACGGUGAAAGUGCCCACCCCUUCGUGCACCGCUAGGCAGCUGGAGGAGGACAAGAGCAUCAUGGACACCAUGCCAUUGUCCCCUAAAGGCACAAUAAGGAAGAGGUCUGUCAAGCUAAAGCCCAGGUUUACCAUAAGCGAUGAGCCUUCCUGAUGCCUUUUGACUGGGAAACUCUGUUAGGGCUUUGUGUUUGAAAGAUCCCAUAAACUCAAAACACACUAACGUGGCCUCUUACUUUUUUUAAAAUUCAGGUUGGUAGCACAAGGUAUGUCUGGUGUUAUUUAUUGUGGGAGAAAUCUAAAGCUAAUUAUAUUUUUUUAAAGGUGUGAGAGAUUUCAAGCAGCACUAGGAGUAAGAAAAUCAUGGUCUGCAGCUUUAAAUUUCAAUUCAGACUGUCCUAGUUAAUUGCACGAUCAUUUUGCAUUGAUUCAUCUGCAGGUAAUGACAUUUUCUCUCAAAAAAGAAAAGAUUAUAUUUAUUC